GUCGGGACGGUGUCGGGUCGACGAGUAACAGGAGAUGAAGGAGAAAGAUGGAGAUGGAGCAGCGGGUUUAGAAUCGUGUCGGUAAAUUGGUGAUAGGACACGUCUACGUAGUCUCACUCUGAAGCGAGUGUUGUAUGAGGACGCGCGGAGGACGUGCUUUCAUCGCAGUGAGGUAGCGCGUGCAGGGAGAGUCGGGGAGGGUUUUUUUGGAGAGGGAAAACAACAUGGCUGCGGUGGAGCUCGAAUGGAUCCCAGAAACACUGUACAACACCGCUAUCUCGGCUGUGGUGGACAACUACAGCCGAUCGAGAAGGGACAUCCGCUCGCUCCCAGAAAAUAUACAGUUUGAUGUCUAUUAUAAGCUGUACCAGCAGGGCCGGCUCUGCCAGCUGGGGGGGGAGUUCUGUGAGCUGGAGGUGUUUGCUAAAGUACUGCGGGCUUCAGACAAAAGACACCUCCUGCACCACUGCUUCCAGGCGCUGAUGGACCACGGUGUGAAAGUAGCCUCAGUUCUGGCAAACUCCUUCAGCCGCCGCUGCUCCUACAUCGCAGAGUCUGACGCCCACGUCAAAGAGAAGGCCAUCCAGUUUGGCUUUGUGCUGGGCGGCUUCCUGUCGGAUGCAGGCUGGUAUGGAGAUGCAGAGAAAGUGUUUCUGUCGUGCCUGCAGCUGUGCACGCUCCACAGUGAGGUCCUCCACUGCUACCGGGCUGUGGAAUGCUGCGUCAGGCUGCUUCAUGUCCGCAAUGGCAACUGUAAGUACCACCUGGGGGAGGAGACCUUCAAGCUCGCUCAGUCUUACAUGGACAAGCUAGCCAAACACGGCCACCUGGCCAACAAGGCGGCGCUGUACGGCGAGCUUUGUGCCUUGCUCUUCGCCAAAAGCCACUACGACGAGGCAUACCGGUGGUGUAUAGAGGCUAUGAAGGAAAUCAGUCCGGGGCUCCCUGUCAAAGUAGUGGUUGAUGUCCUCCGGCAAGCCUCCAAGGCCUGCGUGGUCAAGAGAGAGUUCAGGAAAGCAGAGCAGCUGAUCAAACAUGCCGUGUUUCUAGCGAGAGAACAUUUCGGACACAAGCAUCCGAAGUACUCCGAUACGCUGCUAGAUUAUGGAUUUUACUUAUUAAAUGUAGAUAACAUAUGCCAAUCAGUUGCUAUUUACCAGACAGCGCUGGACAUCCGACAGUCUGUGUUCGGGGGGAAGAACAUCCACGUUGCCACCGCCCAUGAAGACCUGGCCUACUCCUCAUAUGUGCACCAGUAUAGCUCUGGGAAAUUUGACAACGCUCUAUUCCAUGCGGAACGUGCCAUAGACAUCAUAACUCAUAUUCUGCCUGAGGACCAUCUGCUGCUGGCCUCCUCCAAGAGAGUCAAAGCUCUUAUUCUGGAGGAAAUCGCCAUCGACUGUCACAAUAAGGAGACAGAGGAGCGCCUUCUUCAAGAGGCUCAUGACCUUCACCUCUCCUCACUGCAGCUGGCAAAGAAGGCCUUCGGAGAGUUCAACGUCCAGACUGCCAAGCACUACGGCAACCUAGGACGACUCUACCAGUCCAUGAGGAAGUUCAAGGAGGCAGAGGAGAUGCACAUCAAAGCCAUACAGAUCAAGGAGCAGCUUCUGGGCCACGAGGACUACGAGGUGGCUCUGUCUGUGGGUCACCUGGCCUCCCUCUACAACUACGACAUGAACCAGUACGAGGACGCAGAGAGGCUCUACCUGCGCUCCAUCGCUAUCGGUAAGAAGCUGUUUGGAGAGGGCUACAGUGGGCUGGAGUACGACUACCGAGGCCUCAUCAAACUCUACAACUCAGUGGGAAACUAUGAGAAGGUGUUUGAAUACCACAAUGUACUGUCCAACUGGAACCGGCUGAGGGACCGGCAGUUUGCCGUGGCAGAUGCCCUGGAGGAUGUCAACACUACGCCCCAGCAGACCCAGGAGGUGGUACAAGCGUUCCUAUUGGCUCAGAGCCUGGGCCCCACCCGGCCCUGUCUCGGCUGAUUUUUAUGAGGGAAGAGAGGGAAUAAGAGACACGUGGGCUUUAGUCUGGUGAGGACACGUACUAAGCCCCAAUGUGAUGCUUCAAUUGCACACAGUCAAUUAGUAAUGCACAGUAAAUUCAAGCGUCACCGGCGAUUUGUUGGCUUUAUAGUCUCUGCAGAUGCCAGUACACACAGACAUACACACACAUUUAGCUGUGCAAAAAAACAAAGUAGAGACACCAUUAUCAAACCUCAUGGACAUUUCUACACCACCAAGAUGCAGCUCCAGACUGGAUGCAGCUUCACCCCACAGAGCGGACCGUUUCUCUGAGAGAAAGAGGAACCAUGACUGAGCGGGAAAACCCCGCAACCAUCCUGUAAGGAUGACAAAAUGAUCUCUUCUCUCGCUCGCCUUUUUUCUUUUAAUUUUGGAAUCGGAGGAGAUUUCAAUUUUUUUUUGUAUUUGAACCAGUGUAUCUCUGAAUGCCAUGAGACACAUCGCAGAUGGAACCAUGUUUCUCCAGGGCUCUCGACACAACAGUGACUGGACCCCAAGCUCAUCUGUGAAAGACUUUGAACCCACAUCAACUUGGUGGAUCAGAGAAAGAAAAUGUCAGAUAUUUUUGACACUUGUACAGUAAAAUAAUACAGCAGAUUGUACACUUGUUUUUUUUUUUUUUUUUUCCUUUGCAAAGAAAUGAAAGUAGACCCUAACAGAACUGCUCGUUGGAGAGAGAUUACAAACAGUGGAAUGUGUUCAUCCAGUGGGUAUAAAGUUGCACACCGCUCUUGUUUUCACUAUAUAUUUCAUCUGGUUUUAUCUCUGUUUCCAGCUUAGUACCGACAAUAAUUAAAAUGCCAACAAUUUAUAUGUAAACAAGUAUGUUUAUGGCACCCUUUGUAUAUGCUUUUCUUACUGAGAGAGCCAUGAAGUCUGAAGAAAGGCUCCACACUUUUACUUUAAACGAGGGGUGUGUGUCUGUGUGUUUGUGUGUGUGUCUGUCUGUGUGUCUGUCUGUGUGUGUCUGUCUGGGUGCCCAAGUGCUCUACUGAUGAUUACCAGCCUUACACCAGCUUGCAGUUAUCUGUCUGUAGACGGACCCGUACUCUUAAGUGCUAAAUACACUAUUCUACCCUUAGGGGCACUACGAUGGGGACCUAUAUUUGUGUGCAUGUGUCGUUGACCUGUGCAUCGUUCCUCUCCCUCCUGUCAAACAUCCCUUGAAUGCAAAGUCUCACAUAUUUGGUUACUGGACCAUGUUUUUCCAUCAGCCUGACCACACUGACUGUUGGUGUCUAAAGCCCAUCAGUUGUUUCAUCUUACAGCUUAACUCCUGCUUGAAAGGGUGCUGCUCUUUAAUCAUAAUGAACCAAUGGGAGAAAUAACCCUGAACACAACCAAUAGCAUCUGUUUUUUGUUUUUCUUAAAUCUUGCCCUGGGGCCCAGUUUGUUGUAACUCGUGUCCAUGAAAAUGAAUCUCUAUCAGUCUGAUUCUUCAGACAGGCGCUUGUCUAAAUGUAGCACUUUGAAACGAUCAGAUCACUUUACCAGAAGUUUACAAGUUACCGACUUAGGCCUGUAGAGGUAAAACCAUACAGUAUUCUGAAAGCUUAAACGUCAUUUCUGUCGUACAGAUGUGUGUUCUUCCUACCGUGGGAAUCAUUGUGCGACCCCCAAUGUGGUUCAGAACCACAGUUUGGGCAUCACUGCUGUAGUGACACUUUAAAAUGCUACAAAUGAAAUCCCAUACACGUGUAUUGUAUUUGGGUGGAGGCAGAUAUGUCAGAGAUGGUGAUCUCUAAACCUUGGUGAAACAGAAUAAACUAUUUGCAUGGCUAAAUACCAUUACAGGUAAGUUAGAAAUAGAUGUUCUCAUAAUUUGGGUGAACUAACCCUGAAAAGUCCUCGGUGUGUGGUCAUGGAUGAAGUGAGACGAGUAUUUCUGUAGAGAAAUAACGAUGAGAUUUUCUCACUGAUGGAAAGUGUUGUCCAGCUUUAAAAUGAAUUCAGGCAUUAAUAUCUGCAACGUUGUUGAACAUGUGACGCCUUUGUUAAGCGCCCCACUGUUUCCUUCGUCUAAGUGAAUGAAGGAAACCAGCUUUGCCUUGCUGUUGCUUCAGUGCUCUCAGACGCCUCCCUCUCUAGCAGGGAUGUGAGUGGCUCUAGCUGAGGAGGUCCAGCCUUAGCCCCCUUAAAAGGACGCUCAGCUACACUCUCGGUGCUUCGGCCUCAACAAGCACGCCCUCUCUCUGGGGAGAUGGCGAAACGGUUUCCAGGGCAGAGGUGGAAAUGAAUGUUACCUGCAGUCUGUACUUCCAAAAAGUUCUGUACUCGGAUAACAGAUUAGAUUUGGACAAUUUACAGAAAACGGCGUAUUGCAACAGUUUGGCUUGUGACAAAUGGUCAAUACAUAUCUUUGUGUCCAAAGUAAAACAUAAUGGAAACCUGUACCCUCAGAUACUCCACACUGUCAGAUGUCAUCAUGGGUAAUCCAUCCUCGUGUUUAUUCUCUUCUCUCCUCCAGUUAUGGACACAUGUCGACAUGUUGCAUUGCAUUCUGGUCUAUUAGGGCUACUGUUUUGGAGCCAAUGUUAAGUGAUUUCUGCGGUGGAUUGUUCUUUGUACCGAGCGUGAAAGUCUGAGAAAAGGAUCUUUUUCACUGAUUUGAACACAAGGCCUUUUCUGUCCAACCUCCAGCGUCACUGUCGAUACGUCACGGUCACAUCCUCUGCUCGGCCAGCAGGGAAACAUGGAUCCACAGAUGGGAUUAGUUUAAUGUUGAAGUGUCUACGGGUGUUUGUCCUAUAUCACUAACGCUGAGAGACGAGCAGUCCGGUGGAAUGUACGAGACGUGGUUUGACUUGACAAUACCUACUGGUCUUUAUUGUGAUGAUCUGAUAUCUGAAAGGGAAUACCAUAGUUCCAGUGUGGGGUGGGAGGGGUUUCGAGGGAGUGGGCUUGCUGGGAAAGAUGGACAAAGUUAAAGAUGUUCAAUAAAGCUGUGAUCUCUCCAACAGCCCUGUUUCUCUCUCCAAGUUCAGCUGAUCGACACCAGAUGUGACGAGGGGAUGUUUCACUGUUGUCCUGUUACUGCUUCACUGUUAGCUGCAAAAACAUUAAAACGUAUAUAUCAUUGAUCACAAAA